AGCCCAUAUAUAUGUUAAACAAUUUCACUCCCAUCAUUCACAGCAAGAACUAGCUUGCUCUCGAUCUUUCUUGUUGCCUGCAACAACAAGAGACGUCAUGGAAGGACUGCUCGUGAAAGAUAAAGAUAGCAACAGAUCGAGAUGCCAUGUAUUGUUGAAAGAGAUGAAAAAACUAGGAUUUAUAGCAGGGCCAAUGGUUGCAGUGACUCUUUCACAGUAUUUGUUGCAGGUUACCUCUGUCACGAUGGUUGGUCAUCUUGGCGAACUUGCUCUCUCUAGCACCUCCAUUGCUAUCUCCAUUUCUGGUGUCACCGGCUUCAGCCUAAUUAUGGGGAUGUCUAGUGCACUGGAAACUUUAUGUGGACAGGCUUAUGGAGCUCAACAAUACACAAAGUUUGCAAAUCAGACGUACACUGCAAUUUUCUCUCUUUUAGUUGUUUGCAUACCUCUUGUUAUCUUUUGGAGAUAUACAGAAACACUACUUAUUCUUGUCGGCCAAAGCCCUUUGAUUUCACAUGAAGCUGGGAAAUUUAUCACUUGGCUUAUUCCUGCACUCUUUGCUUAUGCAAUUCUUCAACCACUUAUUCGAUAUUUUCAAAUGCAGAGCAUGCUAUUACCCAUGCUUGCUAGCUCAGUAGUUUCAUUGUGCCUACACGUUCCUCUUUGUUGGACCCUAGUAUAUAAAUUAGGAUUGGGGAACAUUGGAGGAGCGAUAUCUAUAGCCACUGCUAUGUGGUUAAAUGUCAUAUUUCUCUUAUUUUACAUGAUGUACUCCCCCAAGUGUGCAAAAACCCGUUCCCCGGUCUCACUUGAGGUGUUUCAUGGAAUGAGACAGUUCUUCAGUUUUGCUAUCCCGUCAGCGGUCAUGAUUUGCCUGGAAUGGUGGUCAUAUGAGCUUCUUGUAUUGCUUUCUGGGCUUCUACCAAAUCCAGAGCUCGAAACCUCAGUUCUUGCUGUGUGCCUCAACACUAUUGCUACACUCUACGCCAUACCAUUUGGAUUUGCUGCUGCUGUUAGCACUAGAGUCUCGAAUGAACUGGGAGCAGGAAAUCCAAAAGGUGCUCGUGUAGCGGUCCAUGCCAUCAUAAUCCUGACAAUUGUUGAGACAGCUAUAGUCAGCACUUCUGUUUUUGCCGGUAGACAUGUUUUUGGAUACAUUUUCACAAGUGAGAAGGAAGUUGUCCAUUAUGUCACAAAAAUGGCCCCUCUUAUCUGUUUAAACAUUAUAAUGGAUGGUCUUCAGGGAACCCUUUCAGGUGUGGCAAGGGGAGUUGGGUGGCAACAUCUAGGAGCAUACGCGAAUCUUGCUGCAUAUUAUCUUGUUGGAAUCCCGGUUGCUGCUUUUUUGGGCUUUUGUACUUCGCUAAGGGGAGAAGGGAUGUGGAUUGGUAUACUAGGUGGUUGCACAUUACAAGUUAUUCUACUCUUAGUAGUGACAAUUUGUACAAAUUAUGAAAAACAGGCAACAAAGGCGGAGGAGAGACUAUUCGAGGAAGAAUGUUUGACGGAAGAUACAUUGAAUUGAAAAUAGAAC